ACCAAACAUAAUCCAAAACGUACCGUUAUAACCACCUCCCCAGUCCCCGCCACAACCAAACAAACACACAACACACAGCACCCUCCCUCCCUCCUCAAUGGCUCUCACACCACCAUCUCUCUCUCUCCCUCCCUCGUCUCGUCUCUCUCGCUUCAUCUCUCCCUCUCUCUCCAAUCUCUCUCGCUUCAUCUCUCCCUCUCUCUCCAAUCUCUCUCGUCUCUCAACAACCUCGCUUUCCAGAACUCGAUUUCGGAAGCGAGGAGCUCAAUUAGCAGUAAAAGCGUGCGUUAAAGUCGAGGAAAAGAUUGAGAGAGUGAAUGAGAAGUGGGGGAAAGUGUCGGCGGUGUUGUUCGAUAUGGACGGAGUGCUGUGUAAUAGCGAAGAGCCGUCGCGGUUGGCUGCUGUUGAUCUGUUUGAUGAAAUGGGCGUGAAAGUUACUGUUGAGGAUUUCAUUCCGUUUAUGGGCACUGGUGAAGCUAAUUUUCUUGGAGGCGUUGCUUCAUUAAAGGGUGUGAAGGAUUUUAAUACCGAGCAAGCAAAGAAGCGAUUUUUCGAGAUCUAUCUUGCUAAGUAUGCAAAACCAAAUUCUGGAUUAGGAUUCCCUGGUGCCCUGGAACUCAUCACUCAGUGUAAAAGCAGUGGUUUGAAAGUUGCCGUUGCAUCUAGUGCUGACCGCGUAAAGGUUGAAGCAAAUUUAGCAGCUUCUGGUUUGCAAUUGUCUAUGUUUGAUGCAAUUGUAUCAGCUGAUGCUUUUGAAAACUUAAAGCCUGCUCCUGAUAUUUUUUUGGCAGCAUCGAAGAUUUUGGAUGUGCCUACUGAUGAGUGUAUUGUCAUUGAAGAUGCCCUGGCUGGAGUACAAGCUGCUAAAGCAGCAGAAAUGAGAUGCAUAGCUGUGACAACAACUUUAUCUGAAGAUAUUCUUAGUAGUGCUGAUCCAUCACUUGUCAGAGGGAAUAUAGGAAAUAUUUCACUUACUGACAUCCUCAGUGGUUCCUCUUAUCCAGAGGUGAAGGAACCUCAAUCUGAUAAUACUCCUACAGAUCCAGAGGUGAAGGAACCUCAAUCUAAUAAUACUCCUACAGAAACCAUACCAGAGCUACUAAAUGAUAUAAGAGGGACUAGUUCUUCCCAGGAUGCAUAUUCCACAAAUGAUGUAGCUUUGGGGGGGUUGCAGGGUACUCGACGCGAUAUCUUGAGAUAUGGUAGUUUGGGCAUAUCGUUAACAUGUCUUGUUUUUGCCAUUUCAAACUGGAAGUCAAUGCAAUAUGCAUCUCCGAAAGCUGUAUGGAACCUAUUAUUUGGAGUUGGUAGUCCUCCUUUCGAACAAAGCGAAGAAGGAUCUCGCACGAGAAUUAAACAGUUUGUGAACUACAUAUCUGAUCUUGAGAACAAGGGAAAUGCACCUACUGUACCAGAGUUUCCACCAAAACUUGACUGGCUAAAUACUGCUCCUCUUCAGCUGAGCCGGGAUUUGAAAGGAAAGGUGGUUCUGCUGGACUUUUGGACAUAUUGCUGUAUAAAUUGUAUGCAUGUCUUACCCGAUCUAGAGUUUUUAGAGCGAAAGUACAAGGACAUGCCAUUUACUGUUGUUGGAGUUCAUUCUGCAAAGUUUGACAAUGAGAAAGACCUGGAAGCUAUUCGCAAGGCAGUACUACGUUAUGGAAUCACACACCCAGUUGUCAAUGAUGGAGAAAUGUACUUGUGGAGAGAAUUGGGCAUAAGUUCAUGGCCCACUUUUGCUAUUGUUAGUCCAAAUGGUAAGCUCAUUGCUCAAAUAUCAGGAGAAGGUCGUCGGAAGGAUCUCGACAGUUUGGUGGAGGCUGCACUUCUAUAUUAUGGUAGAAAGAAUAUCUUGAGUAAUACACAGAUUCCUUUGAGAUUGGAGAAGGAUAAUGAUCCUCGCUUGUUGGCAUCACCUUUGAAGUUCCCUGGUAAACUGGCAGUUGAUGUAUAUAACAGCCGGCUGUUCAUCUCAGACAGUAAUCAUAACAGAGUUGUGGUAACUGACCUAGACGGUAAUUUUCUAGUCCAAAUUGGGAGCACAGGAGAAGAGGGCCUUCGGGACGGCAAUUUUAGCGAGGCAGCCUUUAAUCGUCCACAGGGCCUUGCUUACAACCCCAAGAAAAACCUCCUGUAUGUUGCUGAUACUGAAAACCAUGCUUUAAGGGUUAUCAACUUUGUUGAUGAGAUGGUGCAAACUCUGGCUGGGAAUGGGAUCAAGGGUUCUGACUACAAAGGUGGGCAAAAAGGGAACUCUCAGCUUCUCAACUCUCCUUGGGAUGUCUGUUUUGAACCUGAGAAUGAAAUUGUUUACAUCGCAAUGGCUGGACAGCAUCAGAUAUGGGAACAUAAUACGUUAGAUGGAGUUACAAGAGCUUUUAGUGGUGAUGGUUAUGAACGGAACUUGAAUGGUUCAAGCUCUACAAACACAUCAUUUGCCCAGCCUUCUGGAAUCUCAUUGUCACCUGAUUUCAAGGUGGCGUAUAUUGCUGAUAGUGAGAGUAGCUCCAUUCGAUCAGUUGAUCUGAAAACAGGAGGGUCAAAAUUAUUAGCUGGAGGUGAUCCAGUUUUCUCGGAUAAUCUAUUUCGGUUUGGGGAUCAUGACGGAACAGGUUCAGAAGUGCUUCUUCAACAUCCACUGGGUGUUGUAUGUGGAAAAAAUGGUCAAAUUUAUUUUGCGGACUCUUAUAAUCACAAGAUUAAGAAGAUAGAUCCAGAUACUAAAAGAGUAAGUACGUUAGCAGGUCUUGGCAAGGCUGGUUUCAAGGAUGGAGCAGCAUUAGAAGCUCAGCUUUCAGAGCCAUCAGGAAUCGCUGAAGCUUCAAAUGGAAGACUUUACAUAGCCGAUACAAACAACAGUUUGAUUAGAUAUCUGGACCUGAGUAAACAAGAGGCUGAAAUAUCUACUCUAGAGUUGAAAGGAGUGGUGCCUCCUAGAACAGUAUCCAGGUCAUUGAAGCGCCUUAGAAGGCGAUCAGGUGUGGGUACAGAAACCGUUAAAGUAGAUGGUGUAUCAUCAUCUGAGGGCAUUUUGUCUCUCAAAAUCUCAGUACCUGAAGGUUAUCAUUUUUCGAAGGAAGCACGCAGUAAGUACACUGUGGAUAUUGAGCCAGAAGAUGCAGCGACUAUUGAUCCCUUAGAAGGGGAUCUCAGCUCAGAAGGAACAGCGAUGCUGCAUUAUAAUAGAUCUUCCCCUUCUGCUUCCAUGGGAAAAAUUAACUGCAAGGUGUACUACUGCAAAGAAGAUGAGGUGUGUUUAUACCAGUCUCUGACUUUUGAAGUACCAUUUCAAGAGGUUACAUCGAACUCUAUUCCGACGGAGGUUAGACUUUCAUAUGUUGUGAAACCCAAAACUUCUCCAGACAGCAUGCAACUUCCAAUUCCCUGAGGCCUGAGGCCUGAGACCCCGACUUGAAGCAUUUGAAGAGAAUAGAGAAACACAUGCAAUGUGUCUUGGGAGGAAGUUUCUGUCUGUGCGGGCGUGCUGCUGUGGUAGAUUUCUAUCUGUAGCAAAUCUCCGAUUUUAGACUGGGAUAACUUUGAAUAAUUACAACUAGCUAGAAGAGCAACUGCAAAACAGAUCAGGUUCCUGUCUAAAUUUUGAGUCCUUGUCAAAAAUCUGUCGUUCCAAUUUUAUACAUGUUCAGAACACUCAUGUGAAGAUGAUAAUUUAAGUGAUCCGGAUGCCUAACCGGUCUGCAAUCCUGAAAAAAAUUACUCCUUCUAUCCCA